AUGGAGGAGGAAAUCUUGAGCAUUCAAACACCCGUCGCCUUAGAUGAGUCGAUCGCUCACCAAGAAAUACAUGCACACAAGCCGUAUGCGUCAUCAACUUUUAACAACAGCGACGAGAUUCGCAUCACCGUUCAGCAUCAGGAUUUAUGCAUAUUACCAAGCAAGAGUUCGUUGCAUAUCUCGGGAAAAUUGGUCAAAUCAGAUGGCAGUCCAGCAGCGGUUACAACCCUGGUCAACAAUGCCAUCUGCCAUCUGUUCGAAGACGUACGGUACGAGCUAAACGCUGUAGAGAUUGACAAAUGCAAAAACGUUGGUCUAACCAGUCUGCUGAAGGGUUUCGCUUCGCUCAACCCUGGUCAGAGUUGGCUUAUGGAAAACGCUGGAUGGCUCGAUGUUCGAGAAACGAAAAAAUUAACUGACGCCGACGGUAACUUCGAUGUGGUUAUUUCCUUGAGCAUGAUAUUGGGCUUUGCCGAAGACUAUCGCAAGAUCAUCGUCAACGCCAAGCAUGAGCUGAUUCUCACAAGAUCAAAGAGCGAUUCAAAUGCCAUUGUUCAAAAACAAGACGAAGACUUUCGAGUCGUGAUCGAUUAA